UAAUCAACAAAAAACCAACCAGUCCUAAAAAACCUGACAAUAGAAACAAAUUCUAAAAGGCCAUCUAAAAAUGGGAAGGGAGUGGGCUGUAGGAUUUCCCUAGGAAGAGAGCUGCACAGUCAUGUCACCACCACCAAGGAAGACCUUUCUCUACCCACCAAUCUGAAUUUUAACUAAUGACAGGAGGGCCUCUGAUGCUAACCUUGGGGCUCAGGGCAGGAAAGCCUCCACCCGGGUUGCACCUGGAUGUAGUCAAAGGAGACAAACUUAUUGAGAAACUGAUCAUUGAUGAAAAGAAAUACUAUCUCUUUGGGAGAAACCCUGACCUAUGCGACUUCACCAUUGAUCACCAGUCAUGUUCUCGGGUCCAUGCUGCCUUAGUCUACCACAAACAUCUGAAGAGGGUUUUUCUUAUAGACCUCAACAGCACACAUGGCACGUUUUUGGGUCAUAUUCGUUUGGAGCCUCAUAAGCCACAGCAGAUUCCCAUUGACUCUACGGUUUCAUUUGGUGCCUCCACGAGGGCCUAUACUCUGAGGGAAAAACCUCAGACAUUGCCCUCUGCAGUAAAAGGAGACGAGAAGAUGACCAGUGAGGACGAUGAGCUCAAGGGUUUGCUUGGACUUCCAGAAGAGGAGACAGAAUUAGAUAACCUGACAGAAUUUAACACAGCCCAUAACAAGAGGAUCUCCACGUUAACUAUAGAAGAAGGAAACUUGGAUAUCCAGAGACCAAAAAGAAAACGAAAGAAUUCCAGAGUAACAUUCAGUGAUGACGACGAAAUCAUCAAUCCAGAGGAUGUGGACCCUUCUGUUGGACGCUUCAGAAACAUGGUACAGACUGCAGUUGUCCCAGUGAAGAAAAAGCGGAUGGACAACUCCGGUUCCCUGAGCGCGGAUGAGUCUGCCACGCGGCGCAUGCAGAACUUUCCCUAUAGCGGAGGAUUGUACGGCGGCUUGCCUCCCACUCACAACGAGACGGGUGCCCAGGCCCAUAGCAUUCAUGGCACUGCACUCAUUGGAGGCCUGCCAAUGCCCUAUCCUAAUCUUGCCCCGGAUGUGGACUUGACUCCGGUUGCACCCUCAACGGUCACCAUGAACCCAGCUCCAAACCCUGCUGUCUUUAAUCCCGAAGUUGUGAAUGAGCCCAAGAAGAAGAAGUAUGCAAAAGAAGCUUGGCCGGGCAAGAAGCCUACCCCUUCUCUCUUGAUCUGAGGAGCAGAGCUUGAUCUGUCCUGGGAGACAGGAGCACAACCAGCCAGAGUGGACAAAAAAACUGUUCCAAGUGCAGCACCCACAGCUUUCAGAAUCGGGGUCCUAACUGUGUGUCAUAGCCAGGUUACAGGGGUAACCUCCCCUACAAAAAACAACCUCUGGAAGAACUCUACAGGCAUCUAGAAAAGAGAGGUGUUCCCCCCCCCUCCCCAAUGCCUGCGGAACCACACUGCCUAACAGCCUUUUCUUCUUUUACUCAACCAUGGUUAUUUUUAUCCUAAGGUUAUUCAUGAAUUUAAAGGUCACAGUCACGUAACAGAGAGUCAAAAUUAACAACUCUGUGUUGCAGAGUUAAGCUUAAGCAGCUGGUCUCAGGUGAACAUUCAUCCUCAGAAGUGUAUGUGGACCUGAUCAGUUCUUUAAAGAAGCACCUGGUUCGGGUAGAAAUAGUACUCAUGUAAGUCAGAUAACCAUAGCUUGCUUUUAAACCUGCAGAUCAUGAAGUGCUUUUAGUCUAGGUACAGCCUGUUGUGCUUGCCUUGUAAGUGAGUAUCAUCUUGAAGGCUGGAAGCACAGGGAAAUGGUAAGAAAUAAAAAUCAAGCAGAUUAUUUGCUGCUUAGCAUUCUAGAUUGAAUGCACCAAGGAGGAAAGGGAUACCGAAUGAGAGCUCUUAAGGUACUUUUUACAGUGGCCCUUCCAGAGAAAAAGCAAUGUACUUGCAUAACACUCUGUGUGGGUUGGUUUCCUAUACACAAGCAGAAUUUGUCACACAGUUCUUUUUUUUCUGAACUAAUCCCAAAGCCCACGAAAGGUUAGCCAGUUUCUGAAGUGCAUAAUGACUGCAGUUCUGUCAAAUGGGGAUAUUGCGUGAGCUAAAAUAGUUUCCGGAUCUCAGCUCCACAAUUGUGCAGUUUGACCUAUUGACUUCCGUUUUGCAUUGAACCAAAAGUAGCUCUAAGGCACAUGCUCUGCUUCCAGAUGUUUAUAAUCAAAAGACUUGAUUGAGAUGUGUAUAUUGUACACACUAAAGUAACUAUGGAAGCAGAGCUGUAUUGUCUUUGUUUGAGAGUCUUAUUAUUAUCCAGGCUCUUGGCAGUGGGCAGGCUCUUAAUCACAUUGCUUGAUGGGUCUCUUCUUGGUUCUGUGUACUUAGAUGGUUAGUAUCUCCAGUGGUUUACUGUUCCCUGUAGUACAACAUGGCAGAACAGUGGUAAAAGCUCAGCCAAAGUCAGGCACAUCCUGUUUGGUUUGGUUUUUCCCCAGGGUGGGGGGAGUUAACCACAUUCUUAAGUCCUCCAAAUGAACCAAGUGGGGUUUCAAAAAGUGAGUAAUACAGCUAGGUUGUGUCUGUUAUUGCAGAAACAUUACAACUAUCCAAGAUUCCAUUUACCACCUAACGUAUUGAGCAGGACAGAGAUUUGGGGCCAAAUAAUUCAGGGUAUCUGCUGCUGCUUUA